AAGCUCCACUGGACUACAUUUGCGAUAUAUUUCGCAACGGCAAAACCAUAUUGAUUACCGCACCCAAGCUGAUGUCAUGGGUGUUUAUAUAGUACUAUUUACAAUUGUGGUGGUGCUAGUGGGAUAUCUAGUACUGAAAUGGCGUCGUACCCUUCACUACUGGCAGAACCUGGACAUUCCCUGCGAGGAACCCCACAUCCUGAUGGGCAGCCUGACGGGAGUGCAGACCAGUCGAUCAUUCAGUGACAUCUGGAUGGAUUACUACAAUAAGUUCCGUGGCACUGGACCCUUUGCGGGCUUCUACUGGUUCCAGCGACCGGGAAUACUCGUGCUGGAUAUAACGCUGGCAAAGCUCGUCCUGAUUAAGGAGUUCAAUAAGUUCACCGAUCGUGGUUUCUAUCACAACACGGAGGACGAUCCCCUGUCUGGUCAGUUGUUCCUGCUAGAUGGACAAAAGUGGAAGAGUAUGAGAAGCAAGCUCUCCUCCACGUUUACGUCCGGAAAAAUGAAGUACAUGUUUCCCACCGUGGUGAAGGUGGGCCAUGAGUUCAUCGAAGUCUUUGGCCAAACGGUGGAAAAGUCGCCUGUUGUUGAGGUCAAGGAUAUCUUGGCCAGAUUCACCACCGACGUAAUCGGCACGUGUGCCUUUGGCAUUGAGUGCAGUAGUCUUAAGGAUCCAGAGGCCGAGUUCAGGGUAAUGGGUCGUCGAGCCGUCUUCGAACAACGCCACGGACCGAUUGGGAUUGCAUUCAUCAAUAGCUUCCAAAAUCUGGCACGCAAACUGCACAUGAAAAUUACCCUGGAGGAAGCCGAACACUUCUUCCUCCGGAUUGUCAGGGAAACAGUGGCCUUCAGGGAGGCGAACAACAUCCGUCGCAACGACUUUAUGGAUCAGCUAAUCGACUUAAAGAACAGUCCACUGACAAAGUCCGAGUCUGGGGAAAGUGUGAGCCUCACGAUCGAGGAAAUGGCCGCUCAGGCUUUCGUCUUCUUCGGAGCUGGCUUCGAAACCUCGUCGACCACCAUGGGAUUCGCCCUCUAUGAACUGGCCCAGCAUCAGGACAUUCAGGAGCGGGUGAGGGAGGAGUGCCAGGAGGUUAUUAAGAAGUGCAACGGGGAGUUGAGUUACGAAAGUAUGAAGGACUUGGUCUAUUUAGACCAGGUUAUAUCGGAAACCCUUCGAUUGUACACCGUUCUUCCCGUCCUGAAUCGCGAGUGCCUGGAGGACUAUGUGGUUCCUGGACAUCCCAAAUACGUAAUCAAAAAGGGAAUGCCUGUUUUGAUCCCUUGUGGAGCCAUGCACCGCGAUGAGAAACUGUAUGCCAAUCCAAACACCUUUGACCCCGACAACUUCUCCCCCGAACGUGUGAAGGAACGCGAUUCCGUGGAGUGGCUUCCAUUUGGCGAUGGUCCGCGGAACUGCAUCGGGAUGCGAUUUGGUCAAAUGCAGGCCAGGAUUGGAUUGGCUCUGCUGAUUAAUAACUUCAAGUUCUCCGUUUGCGACCAAACUACAAUACCAAUGGUAUACAGCAAAAAGACUUUCUUAAUAUCAAGUGACACAGGUAUCUUCUUGAAAGUUGAACGCGUUUGAAACUUCGAUU